UAGUGUAGUUCGGUGUGUUUUAAACAGACGCACACGUUAGUGUCCCUUGGCGUGUUGAUAGCUGCCGUCAACCUUUUAACUCUUCACUGUCACCAUGUCCCGCUGCCUCGCUUUGGCCCGGUUCGGUGUCACGUCUUUGUCCGCCAGAACCACUCGGAGGGUUCCGCCAUGCGUGCGAGGUCUGAGCGGUUGUGUCUCGCGUUCCUUGACAUGGGACCCGCAGGUUGAACCGCAGGAGAGUUGGAACAGCCGGGCCAAUCUGCGGCGUCCUCAGCAGGCGUUCCCUUGGCUCAAGCAGCAGUCUUACUACAGCACGCAGGAGGCCGAGAAGGAGCCCGAGGAGGAAGCUUUGCACAGCAUCAUCAGUGAUUCCGAGGCUGUGCAAGGCAGCUUCUCUAAACAUGAAUUUCAGGCUGAGACCAAGAAGCUUCUGGACAUUGUCGCCAGGUCUCUGUACUCUGAGAAGGAGGUGUUCAUCAGGGAGCUAAUUUCCAACAGCAGCGAUGCUCUGGAGAAACUGCGCCACAAACUGAUGACUGCAGGCGGCCAGACGGCCCCCUUGGAGAUCCACCUGCAGACGGACACUGCCAAGGGCACCUUCACCAUACAGGACACAGGAGUGGGGAUGAACCAAGAGGAGUUGGUUGCAAACUUGGGAACCAUCGCCCGCUCGGGUUCAAAGGCCUUUUUGGAUGCGCUGCAGAACCAGGCGGAGGCCAGCGGCACCAUCAUCGGGCAGUUUGGCGUCGGCUUCUACUCGGCCUUCAUGGUGGCCGACUGCGUGGACGUCUACUCGCAGUCCGCCGAGCUAGGCUCGCCCGGAUUCAAGUGGUCUUCCGACGGCUCAGGGGUGUUUGAGAUCGCCGAGGCCAGCGGCGUUCAACAGGGAACAAAGAUAGUGUUGCACCUCAAAGACGACUGCAAGGAGUUCGCCUCCGAGGACAGAGUGAAAGACGUCGUGACCAAGUACAGCAAUUUUGUCAGCUUCCCCAUUUUCCUCAACGGUCGCAGGCUCAACACACUGCAGGCAUUGUGGGUGAUGGAACCCAAAGAGAUCAGCGACUGGCAGCACGAGGAGUUUUACCGCUAUGUGGCGCAGGCGUACGACAAGCCGCGCUACACGCUGCACUACCGCGCCGACGCCCCGCUCAACAUCCGCAGCAUCUUUUACGUCCCUGAAACGAAACCGUCCAUGUUUGACGUGAGCAGGGAGAUGGACUCCAGCGUGGCGCUCUACAGCAGGAAGGUUCUCAUCCAGACCAAGGCCACUGACAUCCUGCCCAAGUGGCUGCGCUUCCUCCGAGGUGUGGUGGACAGUGAAGACAUCCCGCUUAAUCUGAGCAGAGAGCUGCUGCAAGAGAGCGCUCUCAUCAGGAAGCUCCGUGAUGUCCUGCAGCAGAGGGUGAUCCGCUUCCUGCUGGACCAGAGCAGGAAGGAACCGGAGAAGUACAACAAGUUCUUUGAGGACUACGGCCUCUUUAUGCGCGAGGGCAUCGUCACCACACAGGAGCAGGACGUCAAGGAGGACAUUGCCAAGCUGCUCCGCUACGAGUCGUCGGCGCUGCCGGCGGGCCAGCACACCAAUCUGACGGAGUACGCCUCCCGCAUGAAGGCCGGCACGCGCAACAUCUACUACCUGUGCGCACCCAACCGCCACCUCGCAGAGCACUCGCCCUACUUUGAGGCCAUGAAGCAGAAAGACAUGGAGGUAUUGUUCUGCUACGAGCAGUUCGACGAGCUGACCUUGCUCCACCUGAGGGAGUUUGACAAGAAGAAGCUCAUCUCGGCGGAGACGGACAUCGUGGUGGACCACUACAAGGAGGAGAAGUUUGAGGACAGCAAACCCGCAUCUGAGCGCCUGACUCAGGAGCAGACUGAUGACCUGAUAGCGUGGAUGAAGAACGCCCUGGGUCCCCGCGUCACUAACGUCAAACUUACUCCUCGCUUGGACAUGCACCCCGCCAUGAUCACGGUGCUGGAAAUGGGCGCCGCACGCCACUUCUUGCGUACACAGCAGCUGGCCCGCAACGCCGAGGAGAGAGCCCAGAUACUCCAGCCCACCCUGGAGAUCAAUGCAGGACACGAUCUGAUCAAGAAGCUCCACGCGCUCAAGGACUCCAACAACGAACUGGCCGCGCUGCUGCUCGAACAGAUUUACGACAACGCCAUGAUCACGGCGGGCUUGAAUGACGAUCCUCGGCCGAUGAUUUCCCGCCUCAACGACCUGCUGACAAAAGCUCUGGCGAAGUACUGAGUGCACAAGUACUUUACUACAAGCACUGUGGUACAAAUAACAUUUUCAGACUUUUGUGGCUCUGAAAUGUGAGUGGACCGUUCAAACUUUUUUUUUUUUUUUUUUUUUUUAAACUCAGCCCUAACGUCCGACGGCAUUUUUUGAGGAUGGCAAACUGAAGAAUGAAUGUGAAAUAAUCUGGUACCAUCUUGAAAACACAGUCGAACCUUUUACUCAAAUAGUUACAUUACAUGUGAGUUAUAUUACACAAGCGACGUCCUCCAGCGGUCACGUCUGAAGACGUCGAGUCAAAAUGGCAGCAGUGCAAGUGGAGAGAAGCCAACGUCUGUGCUUUCUGCUCCGGUGUCCUGGGCGCCAUUUUGUGCCCAUUUCUGACCCUCUUCCUGCUUUUCGGGCCAACGUCCCCAGAUCCAGAAACUCCCCCAGAAGUUCCGCGAGGAACGUCACGAUAGUUUGUCUAUGUUGGCGAGGAAGCGCUGGGCCCACCACUCGUCCAGAUCGAUGGGCACAAAGUCUGACGAGAGAAGACGGCAGGAGGAACAAUCAGAAACAGAUUUUACCUAUCACUCCUGGAGUUGAAUAUGGAGUAAAAAAAAUAAGUGUGAUUUGUGUCAUGACUACUUCAAUUGAGA